UUUCUAUAAUCCUUUCGCUUCCCGCCUUCCGCCAACCCUUUUUCCGCUUUCGAAAAUACUCCAACCUCGCUGAGUAGAAACGGUGGUGUCCUCCGUUGUGUGACUUGAUGUGCCCGUCUCGACGUGGUGUGCAGUGUAUCGUUUCGCGCGCGAAUGCGACGGCCGCCGCGAAAGCGAGUGUAGCACGCGGGGGUGCGCGACGACCGGACGGGGUGCAGCUUGCGUUGUGUCAUGUGUACGACGAGGAAGGAUCCGAGUUGAGGUGGCCCCCGAGACGCGCGAAUUUCCACGCGGAGAGUGCCGUUCGUGCAUCGUCGUUGACCCACGGAGCCGGCAAACUGGAGAUUCUGGGGAUGUUCCCGCCGCGCACGGAGGCGCCGACAGCCGACAAGCUGACGUUCUACGCGCCCCACGUCGACAUGGCCACGGUCAUCGAGGUCGAGGACCGUCUGACUGGUCAUGGGGGCAUCUCCUCGCUGGGCGGCGGGAACUCGUCGCCCUAUUCCGGUGCCCAUCACCAUGGACAUCGGGGAAAUGGAAACGGGGGCGGCAUGCCCCACCACGGGGGCGCUUCGCUGCCGACCGCCUCCGACUUCCAACCCCCUUACUUUCCGCCCCCGUUUCCCUCGCAUCACCACGCGCCCGCUAGCCCCCAGCAUCCCGGUCUCGGCCAACCGCAACACCUGGAUUACCUCGUCGGCGAUCCUUAUACGCAAACGCUCAACACGCUGCAUCAGCACCACUACAAUCACCUGAGCGCCGCCGUUACCGCGGGCCAAAGGAGCGGCGAUCUCAGGAGAGACGCCGAGGGGAUUCACGUGACGAACAUGCACGCGUCGUUCCCGUACGACGGUGGACGCAGUAGUGGCGGAGGCGGUGGUGGCGGAGGCGGCGGCGGUGGCGGCGGUGGCGGCGGCGGCGGCGGUGGAAGGGGCGUCGAGUAUGGCGCCGUACGCCGUCCUGACGCCCUCCUACCGCCUCCGGGUCUCGACCAGACCGAUCUCGUUCUGCACAGCAGCCUCGUUGACGACCCCCAGGUGAGCGACGAUAAUACAAAUGUGGAUGACGGAGGGUUCAUGAACGACCUGCCAUUAUUAAAAAAUAUGAAACCUUCGGACAGGAGCGAGAAGGCUAUGUUGACCGGAAACGCGCAACCGUCGGACGUAUUCUGUUCGGUCCCAGGACGAUUAUCGUUACUAAGCAGCACCAGCAAGUACAAAGUUACGGUAGCGGAGGUACAAAGACGAUUAUCGCCACCGGAAUGUUUGAACGCGAGUCUUCUCGGUGGCGUGUUACGAAGGGCGAAAUCCAAAAAUGGCGGGCGUCUGCUUAGGGAAAAACUGGAAAAAAUUGGUUUGAAUCUGCCAGCCGGUAGAAGGAAGGCCGCCAACGUCACGCUCUUAACAUCCUUAGUGGAAGGAGAAGCCAUUCACCUUGCCAGGGACUUCGGCUACGUUUGCGAAACCGAAUUCCCCGCGAAGCAAGUCGCCGAGUACCUCAGUCGGCAGCAUUGCGAACCGCAAGACUCCUACAGGAGGAAAGAACUUCUUCAUGCCACCAAACAAAUCACCAAAGAGCUGAUGGAUCUUCUGAACCAGGACAGAUCGCCGCUCUGCAAUACGCGGCCGCAACACAUUCUCGAUCCCAGUAUACAGAGACAUCUCACCCAUUUUUCUCUCAUAUCACACGGAUUCGGAAGUCCUGCGAUUGUAGCCGCUUUGACGGCUAUACAGAAGUUCCUAAGCGAGUCUUUGAAUCAUCUAGAGAAGAUGUAUCCCGGGAACGGCAGCGGCGUGACGAGCAGUCAACAGUCGAAUCUCGACACGAAUAAGAGCAAGGACGGCACGCUGAUGAACGACAUGAAGAAGUGACGCACGGAAGACCCGCCUACCUCGAACGUGGUCACGUCUAUCAGGCACUCCUGGCCGUACAAUUGAGCUUCCGUGCGUUCAUCGCUCUUCCGGAAAGCUCGCAGUGAACCACUAGGAAACGCGUACACCCGGAUAUACGUCGGAUACACGCUGUUGGCACUCGCGUGUGACGUGCCGCGUGCCCAUCGUACGCCGAGGUUGGCUGGUCGUAAGCUUCCGUUAGGCAAUUUGAACUGUGCGUGAUACGUGCGAAAAUGUGCAAUCAGGGAUAGUCGACGUAAACGAGAGAGAAAGAGAAAUUCUCGUAAAUUUCGUAAGCGGAGCCCCUGGGAAGUCGAGUACCGAGGGGCUCGAUUGUUUGUCGCUGGUCGCCUUUGGUACAGAUUCCAUUCGUUUUUGUAUAUUAUCGUGAAAAGGUGUCUAAGAAUGUCUCAUAGACACCUGCCUACGAUAAGUUUUCAAGAUCUUCCUUUGUCAGCUCGCGAGGCUGCGCGAAAAUAUCGUUGUCGAUACGAUCUUAUGAAAAAAUGGAGGAAACGUUUUUGUAAGCAAUGAAUGUAAUUUAUUUCUCCUAAAUAUGUAACAUGUUAGAACAAAAUAAGUUAGAUUCAUGCAUCUUACGGACGUCCAAUAGAUAUUCUAAAAAAUAUAUAUAUAUAUACGUCCUAUAAAAUGUAUUUAAUGAAUUUUUAUAAAUGUUUUUGUGAUUUUCAAUUUCUUUCCUUAAUUAAAGAUCACUGUGCGUUAUCAAAGUUUUAAUAUAAUUUUCGUUAAUCUUCUUAUAACACAAAUAUGAAAAAAGUAAGCAACUAUGUUAGUAAGUAUUACAAAAUAUGAAAAAUGAAAAUGUCUGAGAAUAUCUAUUGGAUAUUUGUGUUAUAUGGAAAUAUAUUAAGGCUAGAUGCCUGUAGAUAUCUUUUGCAUCUAGGUUUCUUCCAAAAAAAUUGUUCCAAAAAUUUUAACUAGUUUAGAUAAAUUGUAUCUAGUUAUCUUAUAUGUGAAACAAUCUUAUAUGCGAACAUUAAAAACAUAUAUUUAUCAUUUUUUAAAAGAAGAAUUCCGGGAUAUCAAAACGAUAAAAGAUAUGCAGCUAAAUGCAAUCAUUUAUGCAAUUCAUCCUUUAUCCCACCGAUGAUUCACUACAAA